GCACAAUGACGACGGCACCAGAAGUUCAAUACUGUACGAAUGAAACUCGAUCAGCGCCAUGUUGUCCUGACAGAGGUGACGAGUUCCAUUUAACGUUAUGAUUAAUGCUGACAGGACGGUGAAGGUAAACCGAUAUUCACCAUCGCAUGGGUUUUGAAAUAAGAUAUCACCAAAGUAGGUGUGAUAUAAGGCUGCGACAUUCAUUGGUGAUCAUUCGAGUCGAGAAGCUCGUACCCAGCAAGUGCCUCCAGUUUACUCGUUUGCCUUACAGGAAUCCACAUUAAUACUUAACUUUCUUCAGGAAGUCAGAAGAUGGCCGGUUAUCUUGGUGUCCUACUGAUUGCAGUCAUUUUGACAGGCAGUGUUCUGAGGGAAACCCAAGCAGAUUGCUGUUAUUCGUUAUCACGCUCAGCAUUCUGUAAGGAUUGCACAAAAAAAACUCCGUACUGUGGAUACGGGUCAUGCAAUAUAUUCGGCUGUGCUUGCAAAGAUGGAUGCCGAAAGGACUGUGGUUAUAAACUCGGCAGCUACAGCAAGAUCCUCAAUAACGGCACUGUGGGGUGGCUUGCUAAAUGUGACUGCACUAAUAAAAGAUCCGUGGAAGAUGCUCACAGAAAUAAAGAUGUUGAUGCAGACAGAUAUGGUCAGGAACCACAGGGUUAAUUGACACUGAGACAAGAUGAAAGGGCUGAGAGAGAAGAGGACUGGAUUG